AUGGCAUCCCCCAAAAAGCUUGAUGCCGUCGUCGUCGGAGCAAGCUGGGCCGGCUUAUGGUUGCUGUAUCUGUUGAAGAAAGGUGGUUUCACAGUCCGUCUCCUGGACGCGUGUGAAGGAGUUGGAGGUGUGUGGUAUUAUACGAACUACCCAGGUUGUCGAGUCGACACCGAAGUCCCUUUCUAUGAGUUUAGUCUUCCCGAGCUCUGGAAAGAUUGGAAAUGGUCCGAGAAGUUCCCUUCACGAGCUGAGAUUCGAAACUACCUCUACUGGGUUUGCCAAAAGUUGAAUAUCUAUGAGGACAUUGACUUCGGUACACGGAUCACGGCCGCUCACUGGGAUGAACAAGCACGGCACUGGAGAAUUUUCAGUGGACAGGACUUGCUGGCUGAAACCACUUAUUUUGCUCCGUGCACUGGCUACACUACGAUCAAGCAUGUGCCGGCAUUCCCGGGUCUCGAGUCUUUUCCACUGGCGUACCAUUCAUCGGAGUGGCCAGAGAAUCUCUCUGUGACAGGCAUGAGGGUGGGCGUCGUGGGAACGGGUGCGAGCGGGAUCCAAAUCAUCGAAAACGUGGCUCCCGAUGUUAAGAAGCUAGUCGUGUUUCAACGAACGCCCAACAUGGCCACUCCCCUGAGACAGGAGGCCCUCAAUGAUGAUCUGCGUGGGCAGAUGAAAACUCGGUAUCCCGCACUGUUCGACCAGCGCGUAUCGAGGUUUGGGUUUAAUGCUGACAUACCGACCAAGAAGACGUUCGAUGACAAUGCCGAUCAACGAGAAGUAUUUUAUCAACGACUGUUCGACCGUGGAGGGCUCCAUUUCUGGUUAGCCAAUUAUGACGACCUGCUGUCCUCCCGAGAGGCCAACCAAGAGGCCUACAGGUUCUGGGCAAAGUCGGUUCGGGAUCGUGUACGUGAUCCCAGCGUAGCUGCGAAGCUGGCCCCGUUACAAGCUCCCCAUGCAUUCGGGACAAAACGCCCGUCAUUGGAGACUUCUUACUUCGAAAGGUUCAACCAGGACAAUGUGGUGCUCGUCGAUGUCAACGAGCAUCCUAUAGAGCAAGUACUCCCAAACGGCGUUAGAACCUCACAAGACUUUCACGAGCUCGACGUGCUUAUAUUGGCAACGGGUUUCGACGCUAUCGUCGGCAGUAUGCUUACCAUGGAUAUCCGAGGAGUUGGAGGCCGGCAUCUCCGCGAGAAAUGGAUGUUGUCCGACGAUUCGGCGGGAAUUCAUACUUCGCUUGGUUUGAUGACAGAGGGAUUUCCUAACAUGUUCUUCCCGAUCGGUCCCCAAGCACCAUCUGCUCUAGGACUCACCCCACAAAUGGCUGAGGUUCAGGGCCAGUGGAUUGUCGACUGUCUAACCUGGCUCAGGCUUGAGAAUAAGGCAGUGAUUGAGCCUGAUCACCAAGCGGAAGAAGCUUGGAAAGCAGAAAAUGAUCAGGCUGCUAAAAGGACUUUAUUCGGUGAGACUGAUUCAUGGUAUAUGGGCGCGAACAUUGAGGGACGGAAGAAGCAACCUCUGUGUUACCUUGGAGGGGUGCAUCGGUACAUCGACUUCCUCAAAGAGGCCGCUGCUCAGGGGUAUCCUGGAUUCAACGUCCGCUAG